AUGGAGAAGAUCCUUGCCAUUCUGCUUGUCGCCCUUGUGGCUGUGGCCUGUGCGGCGCCGCCCGACCCCCGGGGGAUCUUUAUCAACCUGGAGGAGGGCGAGCUCUGCCUGAACAGUGCCCAGUGCAAAAGCAGGUGCUGCCACCAUGAUUCCGUACUGAGCCUGGCCCGCUGCAUGCCCAAGGCCAGCGAGAACAGCGAGUGUUCGCCCAAGCACCUCCUUGGGGUUUACUACAAGUGUCCCUGUGAGCGGGGUCUGACCUGUGAGGUGGACAGGACCAUUGUGGGCACCAUCACCAACACCGACUUUGGUAUCUGCCACGAUAUUGGACGCUCCAAGCAGUGAGGCUCUGCCCCCUACCCUUCCACCCAGCCCAGCGUACCCUAGGACGCUUGGCCCAAGGCUACCUCUCUUCUCCUUCCCACUCA